UUGUGGCAAAUUUGCUGACACAAACAGAAGAAGACGACGCAAAUCGUGCAUAUUUAUAAGUCAGACAAUUAAUUCGAUUUCCCUUUUCGAUUAGAUCAUUCUUGAAAAAAAAGAGUGAGAGGAGGAAAAUGGCAUCAUCGUUCACAGGAACUCUGGAUAAAUGCAGUGCUUGCGACAAGACUGUUUAUUUCGUGGAUUUGUUGUCUGCCGAUGGACAAACUUAUCACAAAUCCUGCUUCAAAUGCAGCCACUGCAAAGGCACUCUUGUGAUGAGUAACUACUCUUCCAUGGAUGGAGUUCUCUACUGCAAGACACAUUUUGAACAGCUUUUUAAGGAGUCUGGAAAUUUCAGCAAGAAUUUCCAAUCUGGAAAGCAUGACAGCAAGGAUCUGACAAGGGCACCAAGCAAAAUGUCUACUAUGUUCUGUGGGACCCAAGAGAAAUGCCCUGCUUGCAGCAAAACUGUGUAUCCACUCGAGAAGAUAGCGCUGGAGGGAGAGUCGUUCCACAAAUCAUGCUUCAAGUGCGCGCACGGCGGGUGCCCGCUGACGCACUCGUCGUACGCUGCCCUCGACGGAAUCCUCUACUGCAAGCACCACUUCCAUCAGCUCUUCAUGGAGAAGGGAAACUACCAACACGUUAUCGAGGCUGGCAGGAAGAGCUCCGCCGAGAAUGAUGAAGAGCACCGCGCCGCCGCCGCCGCCGCUGCUGCUGCUGCCGAAAACGAGGAGGGAGGGGACGCUGCCGCCGAAGAUGACGAGGCUCCCAAGGCGGAUCCGGACAACGAGGAGGAGGGAGGGGACGAUGAGUCUAAGGAGAAGGCAGAAGAAGACUAGUCCUAUAAUGAGAGUGUUUCAUCACUCUUUUUUGGUUAAUUAAUUAUACACCAAGAUUUGCCUAUUGUUUUUCGACAUUUGGGUUUUCUAGUUAUGUUGUUUGUGUCUUGUAAUUCGAA